GGCGGGGGCGGUUCCCCCGCGGGGCCGUGCCGGGGGCGGGCCGUGCCGGGCCGGGCCGUGCCGUGCCGGUGCGGGCUGCGGCGUCCCGCGAGGUGCAGCGGCCGCAUGGGGACCCUCCGCAUCGCCCUGCCGGGCCCCGGGCCCUGGGGCUUCCGCCUGGUGGGCGGCCGCGACUUCGAGCAGCCCCUCACCGUCUCCCGGGUGACUCCCGGCAGCAAAGCUGCGAUAGCCAACUUGUGCAUAGGAGACCAGAUUAUAGCCAUCGAUGGAGUGAACACAGACAACAUGACGCACCUUGAGGCGCAGAACAAAAUCAAGGGCUGCACAGAUGAGCUGACUCUGACGGUCAGCAGAACAGAGUCAAAAGUCUGGUCACCACUUGUAACUGAGGAGGGAAAGACACAUCCUUACAAGAUGAAUCUGGCCUCUCAGCCCCAGCAGAGGCCGACGCAGUUUCAGCGUGCGUUCAGCUUGACAUACCAGCCCUCUGGUCUGCACAGCUGCCUGGCGCCGCUGCAGGCGCCUGUCGCCUCGGUCUAUAACCCGCUGCAGGCGCUCCCCGGCAGGCCCCCGCUGCAGCGGCGGCACAGCACCUCCUCCGUCCCCAGCGCUGUCCGCGUGGGGCCCGAAGAGCUCAAGCGCGCCGCCCAGGCCUGCCCCAGCAGCCCCGUGGAGCUGGCGGUGCCGGGACUCAGGGUGCUGCACGUGCAGUUCAAUUCGCCCCUGCAGCUCUAUUCGCAGAGAAACAUCCUGGACUCGCUGCAAGGGCAGAUCUCCUCCGUGAGCCCCGAUUUCCCCAGCUUAGAUCAGCACAUCCAGCCCCCGAGCGGUAUCGUCAUAGACAGAGAGUCUGAGGUUUACAAGAUGCUCCAGGAGAACCAAGAGUCAAAUGAGCCACCCAGGCAAUCUGCUUCCUUCCUGGUGCUGCAAGAGAUUUUGGAGUCGGAAGAGAAAGGAGAUCCCAACAAACCGUCUGGGUUCAGGAGCGUGAAAGCGCCCACCACGAAGGUGGCUGCAUCGAUCGGGAAUGCCCAGAAGCUGCCCAUGUGCGAGAAGUGCGGGUCCGGCAUCGUGGGGCCCUUCGUGAAGCUGCGCGACAAGCAGCGCCACCCCGAGUGCUACGUGUGCAGCGACUGCGGCACCAACCUCAAGCACAAAGGACACUUCUUCGUGGAAGACCAAAUCUACUGCGAGAAGCACGCGCGGGAGCGGGUGAUCCCCCCGGAGGGCUACGAGGUGGUCACCGUCUUCCCCAAGUAACCCCUGGUGCAGGCCGUUUCACUGCUGCUGCUCUUCCUUGGAAAGCAUCGUCCCUGCCCCCCCCCCCCCCCCCCCCGGCGCCAAAUCCUGUUUGCACGGAGGAAUGCUAGGCACGGCUUCGCAUCUCCUUGCCGUAUUAAUCCUCCAUCUGUUCACAUGCGGUGUCACUAAUUCUUCAACAUUCUUUCAUCUUCUCACUUUUUUUUUUUAAAUACACAGAUUUAUUUUGUUUUCCUUCCUUGCGCUGUCAGUCACACAGGAAAAUCAGAGGCCAAAGCCAGGUUACAGCUGUUCUGCGUCUCAGUUAUUUGCCUUCUGUUUGCAUUCAAUAAACAGGGUGAAUCCAAA